GCUACCACCACCAAAAGCAGGCACAACCUCGAGCGCUGAUGCUUUCCUCGACGAUGAUGAUGACGGAUGGCAGGAGAUGCCUGUCAUCCGUGAUGACUUUGCGAACGGAUUGGAUGAAGAGGACAGAAAGAAGUUCCACUACGUUACUCCAGAGAAAGACGGCCGAACAGUAAACGCUACUGGUAACCUGAUUGACUUUGACGAUCGAGGUCAAGAGUGGAGAGAGAAGACCGUCACAAAGGAGGACGAGUUCAAUGAUUAUACCCGUUUACGGCUCAACGAGGAGGAUGACAACGAUGAGAUUCACCUUCGCACGAAGUUCUUGUUCGAUGAGGACAAGGCAAUGACGCCGCUCAGCCAGAUGCAAGCCACCAAAGACAUGCUUACUGAGGCACAACGAAUAGCUUAUGUCGGUCUGUGCUCCCUCGUUGCGAAAGGUAUGAGCAACACGCUCAGGCUUGUCAAGAACAAAGACCUCAAGCCUGCAUUGGAUUCUAUGGAGUUGUGGAGGCUGAAGAUUAUGGGACGUCUCUACUAUCAUAUGGGGCUCGAAACUCAAGAGCAGAAGAUGAUUGAGAGCUUAGCCGAACAUGGUGUGUUACCCGAAGACCUCGUACCGUCACUUAUGACUACACAUACUGUUGCCAAUCCUGAGUAUGAUCCGGUUGAAGGGAAAAAGAAGGAAAUUGCACAAAAGGAAGCCCAGGAGGAUCGGAUGCGUGAAGAGGAAAGGCGAGCUGAAGAUAUCACCGAGGAUGUUUCUACUUCAGAGGCUUCAGAGACGGUUCCCAAAACACCUCAAAUACCAACUGUUCCCUACCAGACGACUGCCAACGUUCUACCACCCAGCGCUCCCGAUGCAGUGCCGGGUGUCAGCACCUCAUUAUCAGCCGCCGACAAGGACGUGACUCUUGAUAUUCGAUGGACGAUUCUUUGCGAUUUGUUCCUUGUAUUGAUCGCCGACAGUGUUUAUGAUGCUCGAUCGCGUGGUCUGAUAGAAUCCGUCGCAGUAAAGCUUGGGGUGGGUUGGUUGGACGUUGUUAGAUUUGAGCAGCGCGUCACGGAGGCGCUGGAAAUACAGGAAGCCGUUGAGAAAUUGGAACAGAAGGACAUCAUUGAAGGCCGAGUGAGGGCUGCGAAGAAGAGGCGCUAUGCAAUGCUCGGUCUUGCAACAUUGGGUGGUGGCUUGGUUAUCGGGCUUUCGGCUGGUGUCCUAGCUCCUUUCAUUGGUGCAGGACUGGCAGGAGCAUUCACGACAAUAGGUGUUACCGGAACAGGGGCGUUUUUGGCUGGUACCGGAGGAGCAGCGGUCAUUACGACAGCGGGUACUCUAACAGGAUCAGGAAUAGCUGUUCGUGGAAUGGCUCGCAGAACGCAGGAUGUGCGAAUCUUUGACCUUUUGCCUUUACAUAACAACAAACGAGUGAACUGCAUCCUUACUGUCUCAGGAUUUAUGACCUCGUCAAAGGACGAUGUUCGUCUGCCGUUUAGCGUCCUUGAUCCUGUCGUUGGCGAUGUUUUCAGUGUUUUAUGGGAACCUGAAAUGCUCGGCGAGACUGGAAGUGCAUUGAAGAUCUUGACCUCCGAAGUCCUCAGUCAAGUUGGCCAGUCGGUCCUUCAAGCAACUGUCAUGGCUGGUCUCAUGUCUGCACUUCAGUGGCCAAUUUUGCUAACAAAGCUUGGUUACCUGAUUGAUAACCCGUGGAACAAUGCCCUCGACCGCGCGAAGGCCGCCGGCCUAGUCCUCGCUGAUGUUCUCAUACGGCGGCAUCUUGGAGUACGCCCAAUUACUUUGAUAGGGUUCUCAAUAGGAUCGCGAGUGAUCUUCUAUUGUCUGCUGGAACUGGCGAAACACAAGGCGUAUGGAAUCGUUCAGGACGUGUUUAUCCUCGGUUCGACUCUCACAGCGUCAAAGCAGAACUGGCUUCAGGCACGGUCUGUUGUUUCGGGUCGCUUCGUGAACGGCUACGCUCGCAACGACUGGGUAUUAAACUAUCUUUUCCGAGCGACCAGCGGUGGACUGCAAAAUAUUGCGGGAUUGCGGCCGGUGAACGACGUGCCGGGAUUGGAGAACGUCGAUGUAACGGAUAAGAUCGCAGGACACAUGAGCUAUCGCACGUUCAUGCCUCUGAUUCUUGACCAGCUUGGCUUCCCUGUUUCAGCAGAUUACUUUAAUGAACCAGAGGAGCCGGAUUUCACAGGAGACCGAAUCGUCGUACGAGAAGACGAAGAACAGCCGAAGAAGAAGACUAGUUGGUUCUCGCGCCGGAAGUCCAAACCUGACCCAAAAGUAGCACGUCGUGUAUCUCGACCGCCGUCAGCAUUGAACCUGCCAAAGAAUCCGACAUCGCCAAAAGCUGAAGACGACGAGUUACCGGAACGUAUCGAACAUCCUAAAACGCCGACUACACCCACGUCUGCUGUAAAAAGCUCUCCGAAUACACCCAUCCAAUCACCACCUGCGACACCUCGUGCAUCCGAUGUCAGCGAGGCUAGCGACGGUCCUCCUGUUCACGCCGGGUUUGAUUUCAGAGCAAUCCAUGAAGUAAUUGCAAACGAAGGCACUGACCCGAACGUGUUACAUGCGCCAAUUGCCCAGACACCUCGUGCACAGGUCGACUUAUCACUUCCUCACGAGCCGUCAGGACGUCCUGAGAGCGUGCCACCGCCUGUACCUGCAAAGAACCAGCCUUUGGAAGAAGACAGAAGUGCUACCUUACCACGACCCGGCCGAAACUCAGAUAUUCGAAUAUCAAGUACGCCGUUGUUUGGAUCUGGUGCAGGUUUCGGCGAGAAUGAAGAUGACGAGGAUGAUGGUGACAUAUCGUCCGCACUUGGUUCGAGUCUGGGUUUCGCAGGUCCAUCGGCUUCACGUCGGGACCUAGCAAGUUCGUUCGUGAGAUCCGUUUCGCUGACCGAAUCAACGGACCACGGCAAAAAUUACUCCGAUACCACGCCCGGCCCAUCCGGCGAUCGGUCAGUACCACAAACUUCACGUUCUGACUAUUGGGGCAGCCCCGUGUCGUCUGGAACGCGAGAUGCGUGGUCGGGCGGGAUAGGCGUCGGUUUUUCAGAUCGAUUUACAUCAUCAGAAAAUGGCAAAGUUGUGGAUGAGUCACCGAAGUUGAGUUUUGGCGGACCGGGUGGAAACUUUUGGGAGCCGUCAUCAACGACUCUCAAUGAGAGUACGCCUGUGGACACGGCACUCCGAAGUCCAUUUGCAUCGCCACCUGCAACUGCAUCCUUACCCGCGGACAUUCUCAACCCCUUUGCAAUUUCUACUACGGACCUUAGCUCGGGUACUGAGAGGAGCAAGACAGAUGAUCAUUGGAGCUCACCUCCUUUACCAUCGAAGAGUAGCACGAAGCUGACUUCAUCUACGCUGAACAUCAACUCGAAUCCGUGGAGUUGAACGCGAGUAUCGAUGAGAUUUCGGCAGCACGGGACAGAACGAACGGGUCAACGGCGAAGAUGUCAUCACAGCUCAGCUUUCCUGAUCGUAUUUUAUUACUUAGGGGCGCGGAUAUUUAAUCUGGAGGGUUGGAGAGGUUAAUCACAGAUCACGAGGAGCUGAAUGCAUGAGCAUUAUGAGCGGCAGGUGGAGCUCGCGGAAGAUUUCGGGGCUGUUUAGGAUGUUUGUUCAUCAUGCGCGGUUUUAACCCAUCCAGCGAUCCGGCGACAAAUAGUGCUAAUUGCACAGAUGACGACUGCGCAUGUUGUGAACGAUAUUCAAGAAGGGCGAAUUCGUGCUCGCUUCCGGUAGCGGACUCUUUCAAGACGCAAUCACGAGCUUCCGUGCGGGGGUUUGUUUCAAUUCGGUUCGUGUUACCCCGUUCAGUAAUGAGUAAUGUUAUUUUCUGAACAUGAAGCUUCGCUUCGAACGGGGAGCAAGGCACUGGGGCUUUUGUGGAGUCAAACGGUAUCUCAAGCUCAAUCUGAGUUUAGGGAAGAGGAGAGGAGUGGGAGUGUGCUGUGUAUGUGGGCUUGUAGGUCUACAUACGGAAUUUUUCAACGGAGAUGCAGGCCCGUACUGCUGAAUUGACUAUACAGCGGUCGCGCAAAUGUCCCUUGCUCAUCGCCGAAUUAUAUGGAUGCUGUGCGUUCCGAAUUGUAUACUCUCUGCUUCCCUAGGGCCUUCCACGUCCUCCUCCCUUAGCGUCAGCGUCAUCAUUCCUCACUUGCCUUGUAAUAACUUCUAAUCCUGCCGUUGCCCCUGCUUGUCGGGUUUCGCGAUCAACGCCGUUGUCGUCAUACAAUACGCUCGUCCGUUCUUUGUCUUUAUUAUUUUUGUCCAAUUCCUCCUUACUUUUUAUUUUCCUUGCUCUUUGCAUUUGCCGUUUUGUC